AGAAUAAAAAAGCUUAAAAAUAAGGGGUAAAGAGAGAGAAUUUAAGUUAUCUUUUGAGAAGCAAAUGUCACUAGACUCUGAGCAAUGGAAAUGGUCCGAAAUGCAAGGCCUUGAACUCGUGUCUUCUAAUAACUCUUCUUCUUCCUUUGACCCUUCAAAAACCAACUCAGCUAACUCUUCACAGACCCACCAAGAAACUUCAGUAGCAGCAGUAGUAACCAAAAACAUGGACGCCAAUGGCCCUGCUAGUAGUACUAAUUCUAACGCAGAAAAGCAAGCAGAGGUGGCCACAGUUGGCUUUGGUGAGCUCUUUAGAUUUGCUGAUGGCUUAGAUUAUGUUUUAAUGGCAAUUGGGUCUGUUGGUGCAUUAGUUCAUGGCUCUUCUUUGCCUCUUUUUCUUCGCUUUUUUGCUGAUCUUGUUAACUCUUUUGGCUCUCAUGCUAAUGACACUGAUAAGAUGAUGCAGCAAGUUUUGAAGUAUGCAUUUUACUUCCUCAUCGUUGGUGCUGCAAUCUGGGCAUCUUCUUGGGCUGAGAUUUCAUGUUGGAUGUGGACUGGAGAGAGACAAUCAACUAAAAUGAGGAUCAAGUACUUAGAAGCAGCUUUGAACCAAGAUAUUCAGUUCUUUGACACUGAUGUUCGAACAUCUGAUGUUGUUUUUGCCAUUAACAGUGAUGCUGUAAUUGUUCAAGAUGCCAUCAGUGAGAAGUUGGGGAAUUUUAUUCAUUAUAUGGCGACUUUUGUGUCUGGAUUUGUAGUGGGAUUUACUGCUGUAUGGCAAUUAGCUCUGGUCACUCUAGCAGUAGUGCCUCUCAUUGCUGUGAUUGCAGCAAUUCAUACUACCACAUUAGGCAAACUGUCAAGCAAGAGCCAGGAAGCAUUGUCUGAAGCAGGAAACAUUGUAGAGCAGACGAUUGUUCAAAUUCGCGUUGUGUUUGCUUUCGUCGGGGAAUCGAGAUCAAUACAAGGAUAUUCGUCAGCAUUGAAAGUUGCUCAAAGGCUUGGUUACAAGAGUGGAUUUGCUAAGGGAAUGGGAUUAGGAGCUACUUAUUUUGUUGUUUUCUGCUGCUAUGCUUUGCUUCUUUGGUAUGGAGGUUAUCUUGUUCGACAUCAUUACACUAAUGGUGGAUUAGCCAUAGCUACCAUGUUCGCCGUCAUGAUUGGAGGAUUGGCUUUAGGCCAAUCUGCUCCUAGCAUGGGUGCAUUUGCCAAAGCUAAAGCUGCAGCUGCGAAAAUAUACCGUAUAAUUGAUCAUAAACCAUCAGUGAAUCGCAACAGCGAAUCCGGGUUAGAGUUGGAUUCAGUUACUGGACUAGUAGAAUUAAAAAAUGUUGAUUUCUCCUAUCCAUCAAGACCGGAUGUUAGAAUUCUCAACAAUUUUACCCUCAAUGUUCCUGCCGGAAAGACUAUAGCUUUGGUUGGAAGCAGCGGCUCUGGUAAAAGUACUGUGGUCGCCCUCAUUGAGAGAUUCUAUGAUCCCAACUCAGGGCAAGUGUUGCUGGAUGGGCAUGAUAUAAAGACAUUGAAGUUAAAAUGGCUGAGACAACAAAUAGGGCUUGUUAGCCAAGAACCUGCUCUAUUUGCUACUACCAUUAAAGAGAAUAUAUUGUUGGGUAGACCUGAUGCAGAUCAAAUCGAGAUCGAAGAAGCUGCCAGAGUUGCUAAUGCUCAUUCAUUUAUUGUCAAGCUACCAGAAGGAUUUGAUACCCUGGCAGGUGAGAGAGGACUGCAGUUGUCAGGAGGACAGAAGCAAAGAAUUGCUAUUGCACGGGCUAUGCUGAAAAACCCAGCAAUUUUGCUUUUAGACGAGGCAACAAGUGCAUUGGACUCCGAGUCGGAGAAACUGGUGCAGGAGGCCCUUGACAGAUUCAUGAUUGGAAGGACAACACUUGUCAUUGCCCAUCGGCUCUCUACCAUAAGGAAAGCUGACCUUGUAGCCGUACUCCAGCAAGGUAGUGUCACUGAAAUAGGAACUCAUGAUGAGCUCAUUGCCAAAGGGGAGAACGGUGUUUAUGCCAAGCUCAUUAGGAUGCAAGAGACGGCUCAUGAAACAGCUAUGAGUAAUGCUAGAAAGAGUAGUGCAAGACCCUCAAGUGCUAGGAACUCGGUAAGCUCGCCAAUAAUUGCACGAAAUUCCUCUUAUGGUCGAUCACCAUACUCGCGCAGGCUAUCCGACUUUUCUACCUCAGAUUUUAGCCUCUCCCUUGAUGGCGCACACCCCAGUUACCGACUUGAAAAGCUUCCUUUUAAAGAGCAAGCUAGUUCGUUUUGGCGUCUCGCAAAGAUGAAUUCUCCUGAAUGGGUUUAUGCAUUGGUUGGUUCUAUAGGCUCAGUUAUUUGUGGCUCCCUUAGCGCCUUCUUUGCCUAUGUCCUGAGUGCUGUCGUCAGUGUCUACUACAAUCCAGACCAUGCAUAUAUGAGCAGAGAAAUUGCAAAAUACUGCUAUUUGUUAAUUGGGCUUUCAUCAGCUGCACUCAUCUUCAACACACUACAGCACUUCUUUUGGGACAUUGUUGGAGAAAAUCUUACAAAACGAGUGAGGGAGAAAAUGCUUGCAGCAGUGCUAAAAAAUGAAAUGGCGUGGUUUGACCAAGAGGAAAAUGAGAGUGCUAGAAUUGCUGCAAGAUUAGCUCUUGAUGCAAAUAACGUGAGAUCGGCCAUUGGAGACAGGAUUUCCGUGAUUGUUCAGAAUACAUCAUUAUUGCUCGUUGCUUGCACUGCAGGGUUUGUUUUGCAAUGGCGCCUCGCCCUUGUCCUUGUCGCUGUCUUCCCCUUGGUUGUUGCUGCCACUGUUUUACAGAAAAUGUUCAUGACUGGAUUCUCUGGAGACUUAGAAGCUGCACAUGCUAAAGCCACACAACUAGCAGGCGAGGCCAUAGCGAAUGUACGGACAGUUGCUGCAUUCAAUUCAGAAUCACAAAUAGUUAGUCUAUUCACCGCCAACCUCCAGGCUCCAUUACGUCGUUGCUUUUGGAAAGGUCAAAUUGCAGGAAGUGGGUUUGGAAUCGCUCAGUUUUCACUCUAUGCUUCCUAUGCUCUUGGUCUUUGGUAUGCAUCCUGGCUCGUAAAGCACGGGAUCUCUGAUUUCUCGAAGACAAUCCGUGUUUUCAUGGUUCUCAUGGUUUCUGCCAAUGGAGCAGCUGAAACCUUAACAUUAGCUCCUGAUUUUAUCAAGGGUGGCCGAGCCAUGCGUUCAGUCUUCGACUUGCUUGACCGCAAAACUGAAAUCGAACCUGAUGAUUCGGAUGCAACUUCAGUUCCUGACCGUCUUCGGGGAGAAGUUGAACUGAAGCAUGUAGACUUUUCUUAUCCCACUCGCCCUGAUGUCCCCAUUUUCCGUGAUCUAAAUCUCCGUGCACGAGCUGGAAAAACUCUUGCUCUUGUCGGUCCAAGUGGAUGUGGUAAGAGUUCAGUCAUCGCACUCGUUCAACGAUUCUACGAGCCAUCAUCUGGACGAGUAAUGAUUGAUGGGAAGGAUAUCAGAAAAUAUAACCUCAAGUCCCUCAGAAAGCACAUUGCUAUGGUUCCUCAGGAGCCUUGUCUCUUUGCUACUACCAUAUCUGAAAACAUUGCGUACGGGCACGAGUCAGCAACUGCUGCUGAAAUCAUUGAAGCUGCGACUUUAGCCAAUGCACAUAAAUUUAUUUCAGGAUUGCCUGAUGGGUAUAACACAUUUGUAGGCGAGAGGGGAGUUCAAUUAUCCGGUGGACAGAAACAACGAAUUGCCAUAGCUCGGGCUCUAGUUAGAAAGGCAGAACUAAUGCUACUUGACGAGGCAACAAGUGCACUAGAUGCUGAGUCAGAAAGAUGCGUACAAGAGGCUCUAGACCGCGGUUGCUCAGGAAAGACAACAAUUGUGGUUGCUCACAGACUAUCAACUAUAAGAAAUGCUCAUGUCAUAGCUGUGAUCGACGACGGAAAAGUCGCAGAGCAAGGAUCACAUUCACAUCUAUUGAAAAAUUAUCCCGACGGCUGUUAUGCCAGGAUGAUACAAUUACAAAGAUUCACACAUAGCCAAGUCAUUGGAAUGACUUCAGGUUCGAGUUCAUCAGCUCGACCGAAGGAAGAGGAAGAGAGGGAAGCCUAAUAUAAUCAACAAAAUUCACCAGUAAGAGGAAUAUAUUUCACAUGAUUUUUGAGUUUUUGUUUCAAGUAUUUAAUGCCAUAGUAAGUAUAGUAUAGUGUAUGUGUAUUAUCUAAUUAAUUUUUUCUAUUUUACCAUAUGUUUCUAAUUCUACGAAUCUUUCUAAGGAAAUGAUAGUAACAAGAUUACUUCCAA